CUCAGUUGGUUUCUCGUGUUUGGCUGGCGGCUCAGCGUUUAGUUCAGUUUAGUCGCUCGUAACGUUUGGCAGCAUUUUCCGUUUGAACACACUUUCUCUCUCUGGUUUCUGGUUCUGUGUUGCUCCUCCCUGCGUCGCCUUGUUCAAGCUAGGCCGUCCGUAUUCCGUGUAAAAGAAUUUGUUAAUUUCAUUGAUUUUCCCAACAUUUAUUUAUGGAUAUUGGUUUCGGACAGCAGUUAAAUCCAGACAUGCAUCACAAACAUCUGUUCUGACAGCCAGCCAGAAUAUCUCUUUAGUGUUUCAUUUUCAUUUCAGACAAAGUUUUGUGCGGCAAUCAUUAAGCUGAACACGUAACGUUCUCUCAGGUAUCUAGUAAGUCUAUAUACAACAACAAACCAACACAACAACAACAACAGAAGCAACAUCUGCAACGGCAACAACAAUAAUAAUGACGCCAGAGAAAUCUGUUAUAGCCUAUAUCAAUCAUCUUAUUGUCAGCAACUUUUCAUAUUUCUGGGAUGAAAUCGAUGGAUAUCUCAUUUAUUUUGGCGGAACUUUGGGCACGUUGACCUUGACCAGCGUUGCGGCCAGUCUUGCCUACUACUUUGUUACGCGACCAAUACCAGAAAAACCAUUAGUGCCUCUGGAAAAUCAAUCCCCAUUGUUGGAGGGUCCAGAACAAAUACACGUCUCCAAGUUCUACAAGGAGUCGAAGAAUGGUAAAUUUGUUUCCUACAUCACAGAGAAUGUGCGAACGUUGUAUCAUACGUUUCGCGAAGGUGCCUACGCCUCCAACAAUGGGCCAUGCCUCGGCUGGCGAGAGACCCUCACGUCGCCCUAUCAGUGGAUUAACUAUGAUGAGGCGCUGCUGCGUGCCAAAAACUUUGGCUCUGGGAUGCUGGCGCUGGGCGCACGACCCAAGCAGCUGAUCGGGAUCUACUCGCAGAACCGACCGGAAUGGAUACUGUACGAGCAGGCGUGCUACUCGUUCUCUCUGGUUGUGGUGCCACUGUACGAUACCCUCGGCCCGGAUGCUUGUGCUUUUAUCAUACGCCAAACGGAAAUGUCCAUUAUUAUUGUGGAAGACGAUGCCAAGGCGUCGAUGCUGCUGGAGAAGUCACCGCGUAGCCUGAAGAUCAUUGUGUCCAUUAAGCCCAUACGCCAGACGACACUGGAGCGUGCGCGCAGUCGUGGCGUCCAAAUCUUCUCCUUCAUCGAUGUCGAGAAACUGGGCGCCAAGGGCAACCAUCCGGAGGUGCCGCCCACAGCUGAGGAUCUAUGCACCGUUUGUUAUACGUCGGGCACCACCGGCAAUCCCAAGGGCGUCAUGCUCACCCACGGCAAUGUGGUGGCCGGCGUCUGCGCGGUAAUCCUGCAAAUGGGCGAUCAUCGCAUUCGGGCUGGAGAUGUGAUGAUCUCCUUCCUGCCGCUGGCGCACAUGUUCGAGCGCUGCUGCGAGAAUGGCAUGUACUAUGUGGGCGGCUGUGUCGGCUUCUACUCAGGCGACAUCAAGGAGCUGACCAACGACUUGAAGAUGCUGAAGCCCACGGUGAUGCCGGCAGUGCCACGUCUGCUGAAUCGUGUCUAUGAUAAGAUACAGAAUGAUAUUGCUGCCUCGGGUCUGAAGCGCGGCCUCUUUAACAUGGCGCUCAAGGCCAAGGAGAAGGAGAUCGCCAGAGGAGUGCUGCGCCGCAAUGGCUGCUGGGACAAGCUUGUGUUCAAGAAGGUGCAUCAGGCCUUUGGUGGCAACCUGCGCCUCAUGGUCGUCGGCUCAGCGCCACUGGCUGGCAAUGUGCUCACCUUCAUGCGCUGCGCCCUGGGCUGCUUGGUGCUCGAGGGCUAUGGCCAAACGGAAUGCACAGGAGCCAUCACGCUCACCGUGCAGGGUGAUCAUGUGCCCAAUCAUGUGGGCCCGCCCGUCUCCUGCAACGCAGUCAAGCUCGUCGAUGUACCCGAAAUGGAAUACUUUGCCAAUCAGAAUACGGGCGAGGUCUGUGUGCGCGGCUCCAAUGUGUUUCAUGGUUACUAUAAGGAUCCAGAGAAAACGGCAGAGGCCAUCGAUGCCGAGGGCUGGCACCAUACGGGCGAUGUGGGCAUGUGGCUGCCCAACGGCACUCUGCGCAUCAUCGAUCGGCGCAAGCACAUUUUCAAGCUUAGCCAGGGCGAGUAUAUAGUGCCCGAGAAGAUUGAGAAUAUCUAUACACUGAGCCAAUAUGUCAAUCAAGUUUAUGUGUACGGCGAGAGCUUAAAGAGCUGCAUUAUCGCUGUUGUUGUACCUGAUGUCGAUGUCCUUAAGCAGUGGGCCACGGAAAACAAUGUACGAGGCACACUGUCCGUCCUGUGCAAUAAUAAGAAUGUCAAGGAACUGAUUAUGAACGAUAUGCUCAAUUGGGGCAAACAGAGUGGACUUAAGUCAUUUGAACAGGUCAAGGAUAUUUAUAUGCAUCCUGAUCCAUUUUCUGUACAAAAUGGUUUACUAACGCCCACAUUCAAGGCCAAACGGCCGCAAUUGAAAAGCUAUUUCAAGCCGCAACUGGAGGAUAUGUAUAAACAUUUGGAUUAAAGCAAUAAGCAAGCCUAGUAACAGAACAAGAGCAACGAAACAAUUAACAAAAAAGCAUUCAAACUAGAUAGCUCUGCGUAACAUUAUGUCUAAUAACUGAACAGAUCGAAGUUGACCAUACAAUACAAUAUUUUGAAUACCAAAAAAGCAUAAGCAGAACAAUAUUACAAUAUUGCCGUAGACUUAAAAGCGAACAUCAGUCUAAUUUUUUAUAGUUCCGUCAAUUCUUAGCAUGUAAGCGCAAAGAUAUACAUAUAUAUAUACAAGAUAAUGAUGAUACAGAUACUGAUUCUUAACUGACAAACCAAAUUUUUGGCAGCGGCAUUUUUUAUAUAUGGUUUAACAGCUCUUUAUAAAACCAAAUUAACACAUUAACAUUAAAAUGUUAACUAUUUCC